AUGACGUCAUGUGACGCAAUCCCCAUACCAGUUUUUCAUUUCCCCUUCGGUGAGAAUCGAUUUGGAAAGAAAGAGAAAAAAGACAAUGUAAUGAAUGUCACUUGUAAAAGCUGUAAAAGUGUUUUAGUAAAGUUUUUUCCAGUAUGCUCAGGCGCAACAAAACCGCUAUCAACAACCACAACGCAGGCGACGACUGUGUCCAUACCGAUAACUCAGGUCAUCAACCAGCGGCCCACUGCACCACAACCCCCGCAAAUAUGCCCCGAAGCCACCACUACCAUUUCACCCUUAGGCAAACUCCGCAGUGCGAUGCGCAACGCCAGCUAUACAAGAAUGAGCGCCUAUUUCGAUGCAUUCAUUGUUUUCUACAGUGAUGAACAUUUGAGUGAAGAUCCAUCUCCUGAGGAACGGCGGCUGGAAUACAUAAGUGGUUGGGACGGCGUGGGUACAGCGGUUGUUUUGGCAGACGGAGGCGCAGCUAUAUGGGUUCCAUCGGGGGAAGUCCGUCGCGCCAGGACCACGCUAUCUUGCGCAUGGUUAAUAUUUGAUGCAGACGAUCUAAGUCAAACUUCAAUUCCGGAAUGGAUUACACAAGAACGCCCAAGUUCAAGACGUAACGAUCGAGCUGUAGGCGGCGACUCGCGGCUCACCUCAGUCAAUGAAUGGGGUCUGUUAAGUUCUAAUUUACAACGAGAGGGAAUGCAAUUGUUCCACGCUCCGUAUUUAGUAGAUACGCUGUGGGAUGAAGAGACGGACCUCAUGAGAAAAAGGCCGGAGUUCUCUAGGAUCGUUGCGAACUUACACCAUCCAGAAUAUACAGGUGUAACUUGGCGUGAAAAAGUCGCAGCAGUUCGCAACGAGUUACGAUUGACAGGAGUGGAUGCGAUGGUGGUGACUGCUCUGGACGAGGUCGCUUGGCUUCUCAACAUACGUGGGCGGGAUCUUCCUUAUGCUCCGCUUUUGAAAGCUUUUGUUAUCGUCAGCUCAACAGAUUUUCGAGUCUAUACUCCUGCGGGAAAACUAUCGAUGCCAGUUCGCGAAGCUCUUUCUGCUUAUAACUGCUACGCCAAUUCAAACACCGCCCUUGACUGCACCAAGGUAAAUGAAUACGCAGCUAUAUAUGCUGAUUUACGGAGGCCUACGGAAUCAAAAAUUCUUAUACCGACGUCGGGAACUUUUCAAAGAGGGGCUUCGGCAGCAAUUGCUCAAACUAUUCCGCAAUCAAAAAGAGUAUUUCAACCGUCUCCAAUCAUUUAUCUCAAAGCUCAAAAAAAUCAAGCGGAAAUAAAAGGAAUGCAUAGAGCGCAUCUACGUGACGCUGUGGCCAUGUGCACGGUACUUAGUUAUUUGGAAAGCAAGGCUAAAACAAAUCUCAAUGAACAAACAGUCGGUAUGACGGUGGAUGCAACACGCGCCACCCAAGCUGGUUACGUUGGCCUGUCGAUGCAGACCCGCGUCGCUUUUGGCCCGAACGCUGCUGAACCUGAGUAUAGAGCCACUAAUGCUACAAAUAGACGAAUAUUUACAAAUGCCACAUUAGUCAUUCAAUCUGGAGGACAAUAUGACGAGGGCACAACCGUAGUAACUCGUACCGUACAUUACGGCACACCGUCGCGCGAAGAACGCAAAGCAUACACUAGUGUGCUAAGAUCAUUGGCUGCACUUAGCAUGCUACAAACUCCCAUGGCCCUACCUGCGGCACACACCGACCCCGUUGCGAGAGCACCGUUGUGGAAAUUCAAGCAAGAUUAUAUUCAUCCUACAGGAUACGGUGUAGGAGCUGCUCUGAGUCGACGAGAAGAUCCAGUUGUUAUCGACUACCGACAGGAUACAAAUUUACACACGUUUAGGGAAGGAUAUUUUAUUACUAGUGAGCCGGCAUGGUACCAAACAAAUAAAUUUGGUAUAAAAUUAGGGAACAUUCUUGAAGUAAUUCUUCAACAGGGAGGAUACCUCGGUUUUCAAGAAGCUACAUUGAUACCAUUUGAGCCUAAGCUAAUUGAUAAACAUCAACUUACAGAGUAUGAGAUAACCUGGUUAAAUGCUUACAACGAACGAAUAAGAAAAACAGUUGGCCCCGAGCUACACGACCAAGGACUCCUUGACGUAUAUUAUUGGAUGAUGAACAAAACAAUUCGCGUAGAGUCGCCUAGAGCGAAGAAAUACACUAACAGCUCGGCUAUAUCUUAUACUUCGAGGUUAGAAAUAAUUGUAAUUUCUGUAAUAGCAUUUAUUAUAAGUAUCAGCAAC